AUGGAUGAAGUCGUGAGUGAAAGAUGGAGUCCAUCGAGGUCGCCAAUAACCUCGGAAAUAAACGUGCCAAAACCAAACGAAGAUGACGCGGAAACAGGGCUGAAUUACCUGAACCUGGAGGGCUCGGAGUAUAACUUUGGAUCGGACCAGCCGCUGCUGUACAGCGAAACGACGCCAAGGUCGGGAGUGUGGGCAGUGAGGUUCAUGGUGAUAAUGUGGAUCGUGACGACGUUCCUGUUCUUCUUCUAUCGCAAAGAAAUCUCAGAUUUAAUCAGAAAACUAGCAAUAUACUGUUCGGAGCAAGGAAAACUGGUCUACCUGUACUAUAUUCUCCUUUUCACAGCCUCAGUGCCACUGCUCAUGUCGAUUGAAAUACUGGUGGUGGCAGCAGGAUUUAUAUACUCACACAUACACGGACACGCAUACGGAAUCAUCAUAUCGGUGGUGACGAGUUUUGUGGGAUACCUGGCCUCGAUGUCGAUCUGCUUCUUCCUGGCGAGAUACUUCAUCCACUCAUUCGUGAACCGCCAGUUCCGCUCGUACAGAUACUACAACGCGCUGAUGACGGCGACGGAGCGAGACGGCUUCAAGAUGGUAUCGAUCAUAAGGCUCUCCCCAUUCUUCCCCGGCGCAAUCUGCAGUUACAUCUUCGGCACCACGAACGUGGCCUUCAAGGACUUCUUCUGGGGGUCGGUGGGCUACGUGCCCUCGCUGGCCUUCUACUCGUACGUGGGAUCGCUGCUCGAAAAUCUCACAUCAGACGGUAAGUUAGGCCAAUUUUCAAAAACUCGCAGAGCCAGUUCACGGUUGGAGGACGGUGAUAUUUAUAACGAUCUCACUCAUAGUUUCAAUCGGAGGUAUGAUCUACGCGUCAAACUUGACGAGAGAGCAUCUUCCGCAAUAAUGUUUACACACUGCUGCAUGGAACAAUACAUAGUGUUGCGUAUCAAGUUGUCCCACAUUACUGAUUCAUGGAGUGUGAUAGUGGUGUGUCAAUCACCUGUGGUAGCGUGA